AUGGAGUCACCAGUAGUAACUAGCACGUCAUCACUCGAACCAUCAACAUCGGCUGGACUUCCUGCAAGCUGUCCUGAAGAACCAUGUACCUCAUCAGAUGUACGUUUCGCCGCCAUAGAUAACGAACCGAAGAGUUUCGUAUACUCGAGAGCUCCUGAAGAUGUACCAUUCAAGCGGGAGAAGCCAGAAAAACCGGGAGAAAGGCCGUCUUCUUCCUCAAGUCGCACCAUAAGUAGAGCUUCGCUGUUAGAGGAAAACAUCGAGGAAGAAGCAGGAACUCCACUUGAAACAGAUCGUUUUGGGUUUUUCGUUCGCCCGGAUGAAACUUACCCAGCAAGUAGCGAGUCCUCUAUGAAUUUGGAUAAGUUACGAAAACGAGAAAAGAAGUGGAUACAUAUGUUGGACAACUGGAGGUAUUACAUGGACGAUAAGUUUCACGUUGUACGAGAGCGUUGCAGAAAAGGUAUUCCACCUUCAAUCAGAGGAAAAGCAUGGAAAUAUCUUUGUGGUGCAACAUAUCAAAUGGAGGUUUCCACAAAUCGGACAGUUUUCGAUAAGUGCAUGGCUCAACCAGGUGAUCCCAAAUGGAUAGAUGAAAUUGAAAAAGACCUUAAUCGACAAUUUCCAAAUCAUGAAAUGUUCUCCAGGAACGGCAAAUUUGGUGAAGCAGGAAAGGAAGAUUUGUUCCAACUUCUGAAGGCAUAUACUGUUCUCCACCCCGAGGAAGGCUACUGUCAAGGUCAGGCUCCUGUGGCGUCGGUCCUUUUGAUGCAUAUGCCACUCAGAGAUGCGUUCUAUUGUUUUGUUCAGUUGUGCCAUAGAUAUCUUCCUGAUUACUAUAGCCCGGGUCUGGAAGCUGUGCAAGUUGACGGGGACAUACUCGUUCAGCUGCUAAAGGAAAAGUCAAGAACCAGCUAUCAGCACCUAAAGAAGCAAAACGUGGAACCUGUGCUGUACAUGGUGGAGUGGUUUAUGUGCAUUUAUUGCCGCACUCUUCCAUGGCCAACAGUCCUUCGAGUGUGGGACAUGUUUAUGUGCGAAGGUGCAAAAGUCCUGUUCAAAGUAGCGCUGGUAUUAUUCAAAUAUGGAUUAGGUACUAAAGAGCAGUGUAAACAAUAUCCUGAUUUGCAUUCGAUAGUGACUCGCCUUAGGAACCUUCCACAGAAAAUCACCUCUGAAGAGUUUUUAAUCCAGAAGGUGUGCGAACUCAAUCUGAACGAAGCCGAUCUCGAAAAAAUGCAUUUUAGAGCGCUUAAGCUGCGACAAAUUAAAUUUGAGCAAAAGUAG